AUGAAGUCAACCUCUUUUUGAGCGCUAAAGAAUUUUAAUAUCACUUACAUAACAUUUGUUUACCCGUUUAUAUUUUUAACUUAAUGUCAGAGCGCUAUAAUUUUUCUUUAACAACCUUUUCUCCCUCUGGAAAGCUGGUACAAAUUGAGUACGCUCUGAACGCUGUUCAAUCAGGGGCCACAUCUAUUGGAAUAAAAGCCACGAACGGUAUUGUUAUUGCUACUGAAAAAAAGCUCUCUUCAGUGUUGGUGGAUGAGACCAGUGUUGAUAAAAUUUCCCAGGUUAAUGAACAUAUUGGAGUGGUCUACAGUGGUUUAGGAGCAGAUUCGCGAAUUUUAGUUAAAAAGGCCCAAAAAAUUGCACAGGUUUACUACAAUAUAUAUAAAGAACAAAUGCCAACUUUACAAAAUGUGCUGGAAGUUGCUUCUGUUAUGCAGGAAUUUACACAAUCCGGAGGUGUUCGUCCUUACGGUGUUUCGUUGCUAAUGGCUGGCUACGACCAUCAAGGCCCGAAGCUCUACCAGAUCGACCCUUCAGGCUCUUAUUUUGCUUGGAAAGCUUCUGCUAUCGGACGAAAUUCCACUAAUGCUAAAAAUUUUUUAGAAAAAAGAUAUAAUAAGGAUAUGGAACUGGAAGAUGCCGUCCACACUGCCAUUCUUGCUUUAAAAGAAGGUUUUGAGGGGGAAAUGACGGAAAAUAAUAUUGAAGUUGGGAUAGCCGUAAAAGAUUCCUUUAAACGGUUGUUGCCGCAGGAAAUCAGGCUUUACCUGUCGAUUAUAUAAUAAAUAUU